CUGUGUGCCAAAUAGGUGGGCCCUGUGCAUGUUGGCACAGACUCAGUCAAUGGUUAGAGAAGGAAAGUGGAGAGGAAGAGAGAGACAGAGUUGGAGAGAAAGAGGGGGAAAAAAGAAGCUGCACUCGGGUUUGCCAGCGGUCGUGCACACUCUUCCAACAUUGAUUCGGUCCUCUUGUUUUUUUGUUUUUUUUCUUCUUCUUCUUCUCCUCUGUCCGCACCCCCCUUGUCCAGCUCUCUCUCUCCCUUUUUGUGAGUCUUAUGCAGAUCCCACAGAAUUGAACCAAUAGCACGCGCCGCUUUGCCAAGCGUUUUUUUGUUGUUGUUUUUUCGUCAAGAUAUUUUUUUUCUACAUAAUUUUGUAGAACGAAGAAAGAGGCUUGUUUACGUUUUUGACAAUUUUAUCCUUUUUGCGGCAAUAUCUAUUUUGUUUUGUUCGUGCACGUCCAGCUCUUUUGGAGAGAUUGCUGAACUUCUCUACACUCUCCUUCUGUUGUGCUCCUGAUCAGCACCUCUCCUGCAGCUCCUGCUACAGUACCUCCUGUGUUCCUGUGCUGGUAUUACACUGCGCCCCCUUGGCCUGUCUCCUCUUUCUCAGCUUUUUUCCCCCCUGCUGAUUUUAUUGGACAGUUUCUCAGCUUCUCUUUUUCUUAAUUUUUUCCCUUCAGUCUUUUGUUUUCCAAUAUACGCAGCAUUACUUCAGUGCCUUUGGAUUCAACAAUCCAGUUGUUGUCCUCGUGGUGCAUUUUAAGUUUCUUUGCAAUCGGCGGGUGAAUUUAUGAUGAGAGAGCAAAAUGGAUGAAUUCCACCCCUUCAUCGAGGCCCUGCUGCCCCAUGUCCGCGCCUUCGCCUACACCUGGUUCAACCUGCAGGCCCGCAAGCGCAAAUACUUCAAGAAGCACGAAAAGCGCAUGUCCAAGGAGGAAGAGCGCGCAGUGAAGGAUGAGCUGCUGGGGGAGAAGCCAGAGAUCAAGCAGAAGUGGGCCUCACGCCUGCUGGCCAAGCUCCGCAAGGACAUCCGGCCUGAGUUCCGUGAGGACUUUGUGCUCACCAUCACGGGGAAAAAGCCCCCCUGCUGCGUGCUGUCCAACCCUGACCAGAAGGGCAAGAUCCGUCGCAUCGACUGCCUGCGCCAGGCCGACAAGGUGUGGCGGCUGGACCUGGUGAUGGUCAUCCUGUUCAAGGGCAGCCCCCUGGAGAGCACGGACGGCGAACGGCUGGUCAAGUCACCACAGUGCACCAACCCUGGCCUGUGUGUCCAGCCACACCACAUCGGAGUGUCCGUCAAGGAGCUGGACCUCUACCUGGCCUACUUCGUCCACACGCCAGAAUCUGGACAAUCAGACAGCUCCAGUCAACAGGGGGACACAGACAUCAAACCACCGCCCAAUGGGCACCUGAGUUUCCAGGACUGCUUCGUCACCUCAGGGGUGUGGAACGUGGCAGAGCUGGUCAGAGUGUCACAGACACCUGUAGCCACGGCGUCAGGUCCUAACUUCUCGCUGGCUGACCUGGACAGCAGUCCCAGCUACUACAACAUCAACCAGGUGGCUCUGGGGCGACGCUCCCUCACCUCUCCUCCUUCCACCAGGUCUGAGGUGGAGUUGUACGCAAACCUUCCACGGAGCUCCACCAAGAGGAAGUCAUUAGACGACAGUGAGCUGGAGAGCCCCACAGAUGAUGUUUUCUACCCUGGACGCUCGCCUGCUGCCAGCUCCUCCCAGUCCAGUGCGUGGCCCAACGACAUGGAUGCAGUGCAGCACCAUUUGGCGAGUGUGCAGGAGAGGAAGAUAAAACAUGAAAACGAUGGCGUGCAGUUUCCUUACCAUGGACUGUCCUCGCCUGGUUCACUUAAGAAGCCGGGGAAGUUUGAUUUCAACGCCCUGACUUCCCAGACGAGGUCCCCCCGCAUGGCGUUCACACACCACCCGCUGCCUGUGCUGGCAGGAGUGAGACCAGGGAGUCCCCGUGCCUCAGCCUCAGCCCUACAUUUCCCCUCCUCCUCUAUCAUCCAGCAGUCCAGCCCGUACUUCACCCACCCCACCAUACGCUACCAUCACCACCAGGACCCGCUUAAGGAGUUUGUGCAGUUUGUGUGCACUGACGGCACAGGACAGCCCAGCACACAGCCUAAUGGAGGUGGCCAGAGCAAAAUGCCGGGCUCCUUCCUGCUGCCCCCGCCACCCCCGGUGGCGCGCCCUGUGCCCCUCCCCAUGCCCGACUCUAAAAUCAUCAGCACGCCCACUGACGGCGGACUCAGCUCACCCGCAUCUCCGUCAUACUCCACGCCAGGCUCCACAGCUCCCAACCGGUUUGUCGGCAUCGGAACACGGGACAACUUUCUGAAUAUCCCCCAGCAGACUCAGUCCUGGUUCCUCUGACAAGGCCUCCCUGAACCAAGAGCUUAACGUGUGUCAUAAAAAAUUUAAAUUUGAUAAACAAACACAUCACCGCUGAUUAAGAACAGACUGCUGACACUAAAAGGUCUUUUUCUCUAGCCAACACUAUUCAAAGUACUACUACAGAACUCCAAAAAGCCCCACACCACCCCAAAAGGACUCCCAAUCCAACACAAUUUGAACAGAAACGUUCACCCCCCCCUUUAUGCAGGAGGCUUCAAUGAGAUUGAGUGGACAGACUCAGAAUGCAAGGAGAAGGAAGAUGAUGAACUGUCUCACACACAUCACGAAAACGUCAGAAAGGAAACACAAUAUGGCAACCUGACAGAUGACCAAUUAUACAUUUGUUGUUUCUUUUUUUAUGAUUUCUUUUUUUUUCUUCAUUUUGUUGUCUCCACAAUGAAACUCCAUGCAUUGGCUGGGAGAUCCAAAAAAGUAGUGGUAAAUGGUGAAGUCGGAUGUGCAAGUUGAAAAGAUUGCCACCCAAAUUUACACGCCUCCAUAUGUGUGUAUUUCCCCACGCACCUCUCCUCCAGGUCUCACCUGACCCCCCCCCACCCCCACCCCCACCCCCCACCCCACCUGGAGCUCAGUGCUGCCCAUGUUCCAGACCGUUAACCAGCAGCCACAUGCCUGUGUGUCGCCACACUCUGCCGCUUCAUUCGCUCAGCCCUGAGCUUCUUUUCAUUUUCUGAUUGGCCAAUCAUGGUGACACCAUCUGAUGGUGUGACAUAUAUGCACUAAGUGGCUGGUCUUUGUUUACCUGUCAAACUAUCAGGGCAUCCUGCUGUGGGAGAAAUGAUAGCCAUGAGGCGAGUGCGAGCGAGUGAACACACGACAGUCAUAACACUAACUCUACAUGUGCUCUUUCGUCCCCUCACCUAUGCACUAUUAAUUUUUAAUAAGGGAUGAACAGUAUUGCACAUCGAUGGUCAGAUGAGCGAUUAGAGAAGUGAGUCGAGGCUGGCUGCCACUGCAGGGUUGUGGCUGUGCUAACGUUCAAGUCUAGGCCCUGAAGCAUGCAGCGCACACACACACACACACACACACACACACACAAACGUACACACUUGCAGACAGACCAUCUUCUCUGAGAAGUCUGUCUCACAACCACUCAUAAUAUCAUCUUACUAUUCAUAGACAUGGAAUUUAAUUUACAGUAAUGCACAGCCAUCAUCAGCUUCAUAUUAUUAACUUUGAUUUUGUUUGUAGGUAUUUUCUUGCGUUUUCCUUUUUUUUUUGUGUGCCAGAUUUGGUUUUGGUUUUUGUCUCACUUGGAUUGUUUUAACCUUCUCUUUCAUGUCAUAACACUUUUUCUGUAGUUUGCAGUAAUACGUUAAGUAUCAUGCUCAGAUUUCAGCAAAACAGUAACAGUAAUUUCUCAAAUCUCUCACAUAUGAACAGCACAGUAACAACAGCUCGUCACAUGCAUCCCUUGCAUUGCUUCACCGUGUAUCCCUUAGUCCAUUCACAGGAAGACCCAGUGGACUACACACAUACACACACACGCUCACAUACACACACAGACACACAUAUAAAAGGCACACUAACACCACCAACAACCUGACAUUAAAUAAUAAAGGGAAGCCUUUAUAUUUGGUUCUCCAAACUGCCUUUGUUAAUGGUUUUUCAUUCACGUAAGAUUUUUCUUUUUAAUUUGAGAUCCUUUUUUUUUCUAUGUAAAUGUUCACAUUGAAAUUUCUAUCGGUAUUAUUUUCAUCAUGACACCAUCCAACAAAAGCCGACCUCACAAAAUAACUGGACUGCCUAGCUGUUGGUUCUAUUUUGCAGGGAUAGUAAACAGGCCUGAGACACUGUUCUCAGCCUCUCUAGUAACAUUAGCUCUAUGUACUAAAACCAUAUAUCAAGACUAUAACAAUAUAUGAAAGUGCCUCUGUAUUCCCUUCAUGCAAUUAGUAAUAAACUUGACUUCAGGUUCUCUUCCCACAUAUAAGCUAAAGCUACAGGGAAUGGUAGCGUUGGUGCAUGUGGAAACCAUUGGCCUAGGACAGAUCUUUAUAGAGGACUGCAAACUUUUUUUGUAAAGACAGAGAGAGAGAGAGAGAUCUUAUACAUAUAUAUUUAUGAUAUAUGCUCCUUUUUAACUUUUACUACAUGAGCUGGUUGGCAGUCUAGUUAUUUUCUGAACUUUCACCACCCUCCCUCCCCCCACCCCCACCCCCACAACCCAUUUCAGUAACAUCACCUUACUGUUACCAGUACGAAUCAAACGACACACACCAUCGCCAUCUGCAGCGCAGCAUUAUAAUACCUAGAUGAACAAAAAUCGACAGUAGGUUUGAAGAAGAAAAAAAAAAGUGUUUUUUGAUGGAAAGUAUUAUUAUUGAAAAAUAUGUGUCGAUUGAGCCACGUGCAAUGCAUUGGGUAGAUCAUUGUGUUUGUCUGUUAGAGAUUUUUAAGAAAGCUAAGAGAAAAGAGAAAAAAAAAUGUAUUUGUUUCAAGUCCGUAAGCUCCAGGACUCUAAACUAGAGGGCCAUGAAAAAUCCUAGUCUUUGUAAGUCGGGGGUAUUUGUUUUUAUUUCUUUUGUCUCUUUUUUAAUGUUUUAUGUGUAAUCGGUUGUUUAUAAAAAUGUGGGAGGGCUGAAGGAAAAAAAACAAUUCUACACAACUUAAGAAAAACAAAUCUCUAUCAUCAGAUGAAAACUGGUGCUUUAACACUAUAAAGUACAUUCAGCAACUAUUAUAAAUGAAUGGUAAUGAACAAAAAUAACAGACCAUUUAGGAAACAGCAUUAUUCCUCUCUAUUUUUAUUCUUCUUCUAUUUGUAUUGAGUGGGGGGGAGAGGUUCCUAUUAAGGUUGUGACACAAAAGGCAUUUUGGUUCAACCUUUAGAAAAUAACAAACCUAUACUGUCAAGAAACUCUUUAGAUAACUUACCCGUGCACUGCCUGAAACUCACCAGCAAAAAAACAAAACAACCCUACCAAUUUAACACAUUUUCAUCUCAUACAUUGGUAUAAAACAUUACAAGUUAUUCCCUGUAAUGCAGGAGAUGUUUUACAUCCAGAAAUAUUUUAUUCCCAUGAGCAUGUUGAUAUUUUUCUGAAUCUAGAGCUGGAUCAAAUUCGGCAGGUUGUGUUGAGACCCACAUGCAAUGGAAAGAGUAAAAGGUAAGACCUUUUGUAGCCUGCACAAAUAACAGAAAUGGAAAAGGGGCAACAAAAAAAGUAGCUUAAAAUCAGAAGAAAAAAAAAAAACAUCUAUGAAACAGG